GUCAUCAGUGUUGUUAGCGACAAGGUGUCAAUACAAGCGAGUUCGGGUUCGAAGGAUCGCGUAAUAUCGAGUGAUACCCCGGAUAUACAUAUACAUCCAAUAGUGCGAGACAGUUUAGAAGAUCGGUUUGCCGGUCUAUCCGGUGUCGAGUGUUUUCGGCCUUGGGUGUUACAUCUUGGGUGUCGGAUAACGACAAGUGUCGCAAAUUGGCGCCAGAAAAGGAAAGGCAGGAGAAAAUUCGCUUCGCUAAUCAAUUGUAAUCUGUGGUGUUAGUCGCUCGGGUCGGGUGAUGGUGACAGUUGCCGAACGUGAGAGUGUUCAGUUCGAAUAUAACCACCGAGUCUCUCCCUAUCUCUCUCUGAAAGAGAGAAACGAGGUCCUUAUUCUUCUCGUUCUUCUGGUUCCGCUCGGGGAACCGCGAUCGUACCUGAAGGGGCGUAUCCUUAGAGAGAAUAUACCGGAUAUCUAAGCGAUCGGAAUGCUACUGUACUAGUAAAGGUCGGUGAUCGGGUCUACGAUUGUGCGCGUGAGAGCAGGAAAAGGGAAAAUAAGAUCGGGGGUAGAAACGCUCUCUGGGGGUAGGAAAAAGUGUAAGCGCAAGCACGAGACGGGGCUUGGGCGAACGAAACGGGAAACGGUGUCCUUAGCCGGUCGUGUGGCAUGAUCGGGAGAAAAGGUUGAAAGGCAAGGAUGCUCACGAUACAGCGCUCAGAAUUGCUAAGAGGGGGAGAAGGCUGCAACCCUCCCGGCACGCAUUUACUACCCCCCGUUGUGCCCAGGGCUACCGUCGCAGAGCCCGCCGAGAGGAGCGUCUCCUUCAAUCGAGACGUCCAUGUGAAAAGGAUCGGACGUGGUGCACCGCGCGUAACCGCGGCUCUCGUGGGCGAUGGAGAAGGUAGGUUGAUCGCCACCCCGGUCCGCAAGGAGAACAUCGCCACGAAGAGCAAGGAGGAUCUCGUGCAGGAAGCGGCUCUAGUCCUGCAGCAAGCGGACAGCCUUCACUGCGUGGCACGCGACAAUCGACGCCUGCCCGGCCGCUACAGCACUUUACCAGCACGUCAUAACAAGAAACGUCCCGAUCUACCGAUCGAUGUGAGACCGCGCCGCGGUAGCGACAUCGGUACUACGACCGCGGACGCGGAUUUCGACACACCACGGGCCACCAAGAAAAAGCCACUGGAGAGGAGCGUCAGCGAUGCCAGCGCGAAGAAGCUGAAAGCUUCGCUCGCGCGAUUCUUCUCGCCGAAUUUAGAGAAGCGUCGGAAGCCGGUCGGCCGAAGCGCGAGCGACGCAGGCUCCUGGGCGCGCAACGGUGCGCAGCGCAAACGGAGUGGCAGUGAGAGCGAGGGCUCGCACCUGAGUACCGGCAGCCAGCGAGCGAAGAAGCAGCUCUCGCCGAUAAUCGAAUCGUCGCCGCACGUCGAUCAGCAGCCGUUCCACUUUGGCACCGCGAGAGCGGAUCGCGAAAACAACAAUCGACCGGAGUCGAAGAAGCCCAAAAAACAGGAGGAGCGAACAAGCCCUGCUAUCGAUGUCGACGAGCUGAUAUCGCGAGACAUCGAGGCGAAAGAGUCGAUCGAGGGUACAACGACCGAAGUGCGCGCGACCGACGAGUUCGCUGCUAGAUCGCCCAGUCGAGAGAGCAGGGUAAUCGAGCAUCACAUAUUCGUCGAGGGUAGAGACGACGAAGAAAAGACAGAGACCGAUAGAAAACCAACGGGAACCAGCCGUACUCCCUCGCCUCCGAAAGAAUCGAAACGCGGAAGAGACGAAGUCGACGAAGCGGGCAUGCUGCAUAGUAGUCGCUACGAUCUUCAGAAGCGCAACGAAGAAUCUACCAUUCACAAGAUGAUUCACCGACUGUCCAACGACCGUUCGCCACCGCCGCAGCUGACCAGAACGAUGGUAUCGCCGUCGCCGGGAUUCGGACACAAUAACAACCGACCGUUUUCCUACACCAGACCAAACGAGUCCUGUAACUCGCCGCCACCGGCGCAGACCAACGUGAUUUACGCGCAGGUGCAGCCGGACAAGAAGAAGGCCCAGCGAAGUCACUCCGACAGCGAUGAAGGCCUCGGUCUCGAGAGGAAGGACUCUUCUCGCGAGAACAGUCCCGCGGAAAAGGAAUACCGCAGGACGGAUUACUCGUACAGCAACGACCUGCGUCGCAACAAUGAAAUCAACACUUUCAAGUCGAGAUACGAGGAAGACCGAAAGAACAGCAGUCCCUUUGGUAAACACUUGAGCGGCUCGAAGGACUUUAUCUCUAGGACCACCGAGACUACGAGGCGUCACGAAUUUGAUGAGAUCGACAGACGUCUCUUCGACAAACCCGAAAAAUACACCUCAACUGUGUUCGUGGACACUUCCGGUCGAGGUAGGGCCGACGGCAUGGACGCCAGACGAAGGGAUAGUGGCGAGUUGUCCUCGCGACAGAAUGAGAGCGGAAUCUCGAAUAAAACGUCCGAGCUGAGCGCUCGGCGGGAUCUACUGGAGUCCAGGAUCAAGUCCAGGUUGCUGGCUGACGAGCUAUUCGCCGCUAAAAACAACGCGAACGUGCCAAUAAAGAAGUCGAGCGAGCACGAGAUAAUCGACAAGCCGAUAGUGCCGUCGCCGGUCACGCCGAAUCGGAUCGCGUCGCCCAAACGAUACAUGGACACCUACAUCACGGAGACGCGCACCAAUAGUAACGGCGAGAAGUACAUCUUCGAGAAGGAGAUACACGAGGACAAUGGCAAAGUAUACGGUUACGAAAAGAAGAUCACCAAUAAAAUCCCGACGAAUGGCUACCUCGACGCGAAACCAAGAGACGGCUACACCGUGGAAACCAGAACGGACAAAUAUGGAGAUAAGUACAUCGUAGAAACACGAACGCACGAGGGUUACACCGACGAUAACGGCUUCAAGCCGUUCCUCAGUGAUCGAAGUCGGACCAGCCCCGAGGAGAGACUUCAGACCAUCAGAAACGGCGGCAGUUCCUACAAGCCACCGCAUUAUUUGCCCGAGGGGACCUCUACAACGAUAAAUCACUUCCGCAGCGAGUCACGGGAGAACGACGAGCUGUCGUCGCCGAUCAUCGCCAAAAAGUUGAACGAGCGCAAGUUCUCGAAGAGCGACGAUUUCCUGGACCGCGAGAACCGACCGAUCAAUCGAGACGCAUAUCUACCGAAAACAAAAAAGCCUUUCGAGUCCAUUCGCGGCAUGAGCAAGUCGACGCAACGAUUGGAUGAAGUUGGCGAGAACGCCAGGGUACGUGCGCUCAGGAGCGAGUACACCACGAGGUCACACGAGAAUCUAAGCAGCAAUGCAGGUUACAUUAAUGCGCGAGACAUGAGACGUCCAACCGCAUUGCUGGACAGCCCGACGAUAAACGGACGCAAAGAGAGAUCGCCGUUCGCGAAGCGUCACCUGGACAGCCUGCGCGAGGGUCCGAACGACGACUAUGACACCGAUAUCUCACAGAUGACCAGCAGUCAGCUGGAAUCUAAGUAUUACAAGGAGACACGCACCACGCAGAGGUACACGAGCGGCAACAAACAUCCGAUUCACGAUGAUUACGACAGCUCGCCGCCACGGAUACGCACCGAUCGCGGCGGUUACAAUUCCAGCCGAUACGAUUCGGACACCACCGCUAGAGACUCGAUACGUUGCGAAACCCGUUACGACGAGACGCGCACAUUAAGGAAGGAGCACCGCAAGCUGGACGAUGAUCCGAAGAAACCGUUGAGGCGAUCACGCAAUCGCUUGGAUUACUUUGACGAUUCCGACAGUCCGCGAGGAAAGGUGUCCUCGGUCAGUCGAUUGGAGACGUUCACCGAGACCCCGACCAGACCACCUAGGACCUAUCACGAAGGCAAGUCGAGACACACGAGGCAAGAAGUGCGAGGGCACACCGAGCGUCGUCAUCGCGAGACCAGGCUGAGCGAUCCAGAUCGAAAGGAUCGGUUGGCCGAUUCUGGGAUCGAGAAUGAUUACAGAAGAGACUCGCAGGAAGCGGACAGGCGCGAGCAGCUCGAGUCCGAGGAUGAGGGCUUCGUUAGUCGGCAGUUUAUCAAGCACGAGCGACGGCACACCGAUCGCAACAUGAACCUGACGCCGACGUCCGAGCAACGCAAGUACGACAAGUACGCGAGCGACUCGAAACCGCCGUUGGUCACCGCAAAACCACCUUCCGGCGCCGCCGAUAAAAAGUACGAAAAGAAGGCGGCAAAGAAGAGCGGCACCAUGAGUAAAGUCAAGCAGCUGUUUAGCAAGAAGGAAAAGAAGGCGAAGGAGGAGAAGAGCAAGAAGAGCGCGAGGAGCGGCAGCAGCGGUGCCUUGACCGACGACGAGGUGACCAUGAGGUAUCGAGAGUAUCGUGGAUAUCAGCUGAGGAGUGCCAAGAGCGCGCGGGAUUUGGGCAGCGACAUCAAUCAGGUGAGUGAUUCAACGUGCCUGUUCCGCACACCGCGGUCGUUUGCGGAGGAUUAUAGUCAACGUAGACGCUUAUCGACACCAAGCGGCAGCCCGAGCCCUCCCAGACCGACCAGACUCUCAAGAUCCACUGGCACUCUAACCAGAGAGGAAGAGUCCUUCUGCGAGUCCAGCAACACCCUGACCAGGGACAACCAGGGCCAAGAGGCGGAGAGGAAGGGUUGGUUCAAGUCCCUCUCGAGGAAGAACAAAUCCAACGCCACACCGGUGGAUAAAAAGCCGAGAAUACCCGAGAGCGAGAUCUUGACGACCGGCACCGAGGAUGAGGAAGCUUCCUCUGCGCCUGAACGAGUUUCCGUGCAAAAGAAUCUCCGUUUCUUCGGCGAUACGGAUCAGGAGUCCGUCUCGUCCAACAGAGACCGCAGAAACAAACGAGUUGACGACCACGCCCGCGUAAGGCGUGAUGUCACGAAUUCGAAUCGCCAUAAUUUGGGUAUUAUAUCAGCCCCAAGAAAAUCUUCGAGACUCGCUGAAAGCGCAUUGUCUUCGGGCGAGAGUACAACGGGCGAUAGCAGCCAGCAAAGUCAAAACUCUCAAAGAUCACAGAGAUCUGUCGUGUAUCUCCAUGCUGCUACAGUCGGCGAAAUACCAGGCCCGAACGAACGACGUCGGGCGGCGAGUCGCGAGGAGUUAAAUCGACCGUUGCAAUCGCACACGAGAACGGUGUCGAGGAGCGUGAGCGUCCUUGCUCCGUGGAAGCCGCGACAUUAUAGGGAACCGUUUGAGAUCAACUACGAUCAGCAACAACACGCGAAACCGAUCGCAACCAUGAGACGCAGGCAACGAAGCCGCGAAACCCUCAGUCGCCGAGGAAAAGAAGCUCGACGAAGCAAGGAUAAUCUUUCUAAGACAAGUACGAUCAAUCGCAGCACGCUAAAAUCGAAGGACAAGCAAAAAGUAGACAGAACUGUCUCCACAGAAUCGUUGGCCACCAAAUCGCGAGGCAUAGGUUCCAAGGUGGAACUGAAUAGAUCCACGUCCGUGCCCCGUGACCCGAACAAGAGCGCGGGAUGGUUCAAGCUAAAGAGCAAGAAGUCCCGUGCCUGAAUUGGGCGGCCAUUGAUCAAUGCUAGUCUUGAGUUUCAUAAGUGUAAUUCGUAAUUUCGUAGGCGAUUAAUAGGCGUUGAUAUCCGACGCGCGCUGAUUAAUAAUGACGCGACUUAUCGAUAAUAUACUCCGUUUUCUCCAAUACACUUUUAACAUGCACAUCGCGCGAGUGUCGACCGCGCAGAUUUUUAUAAUUUUUUAACCGAGUAGCAUAUGAUUGCGGCAAUGACAUCUAAAUUAAUUGCUAUCAACACCCGUUAAUCAAUUUCGCGAAUUUAUGAAAUUUCUGUGCUACCUAAGAUAUAAAGUUUUAAUCCCCCCAUAAAUAAAUAUAUAUAUCUGUACGUAACAGAAUAAAACAAUUAUUCAAAUAUACAUAGGCAAACGCGAAGACGCUUCGAAACUGUUACUCGUCAAAUUAAUACUGUUAUACUUUUCGCGCAUUAAAUAACAUCUUUAUAAAAAAAAAAGAUUAUAAAAAAAUAUGGUCGAAUGUAAACUCUCUUGAGAGGUAAUAUUAAAUAUGAUUAUCAAAAGUGUAUUCUAAAAUGAGAAUCUAUUCAAUAUAUCAAGUGUUGCAUUA